AUCUGAGAUACCACUUUUAUUAUGGGCCUUACAAGCGAAGCAUGUUAAAAUCAUUGUAUGACCCUGAUUCGGUUUCUUUCAAAACUCAUCUGGACGACUGCAGGGUCAAAUCAUGAGGGACACAAUGUGAUUAGUUUGUGUUACUGCAGUGGAUUUAAAUGAAGAUUCUACCAUUGCAAUAACCGGUACAUUUAAAGUCAAUGUAACUGUAAUGUUCUUGUUAUUUCUGAGGUGGAUUGAGGAGUUUUACUGGAGUAAUGUAAAAGGUAGUUUAAAUGUUUCACUGAAAACCCCUUAUAUAGAGGGUUCUUGGAUCACUGAGGUCCAGUAUUUUGGAUUUGGAGUAUGUUUAAAUUUGACCACUUAAGGUUUGUUUGACCAGUGAAUGAAAAAGUCUUUCUCCACCAGAAUGUAAUUGCUGUGGAGAAAGCAUUGCUGUAGCAUUUCGAUCUUCAUGCCGGGUAAUGAAACAAAAAACACAAGUGGAACAGUAGAAUUGAAGCUGCACUACACAAUAGUGGUUAUAUUAACAAUGGCUCUAAUGACUUUAUGCAGUGUAAUAGUGUCAGACCCAGAGAGAAUCAUUGCUAACCUCAGCUCCAGUGAGUAUUUCAUCGUCUUUCAGCUUAUUGUGUGGGAUGCUGACUGGCAGCCAACAAGCAGUCAGACACUGAGUUACAGGGGAACCAGCAUUUAGCUGCUUAAGAGCCAGAUAUUUCCCUCGGGAGGUGGUGGGGACCAAAACGAGCUAAAAGGAGAACGGAUAUUGUGCUUACAUCAGGCGUACAGAAAUACUGCUCAAAAAUGAAUGCUGAUGUUGCUCUUUGUCUGCUGGAUAUGUAACUGCAAACACCACCAUUACUACCUUAUUAAGUGAUGUGUCAAUGCUGUGUUCUUGCUGCUCAAAGUCACCUACAAAAGAAAAAUUAGAAAACAAAUAAUUACAAGUCUUAUUGAUUAAUGUGGAUUAUAUUAUUUAUAUUAUGCGUGUUAUAUUUGUUAUUUAUGUUGCAGGGAGAUCAGGGAUGCUGUCUUUCAUCAUAAACUAUUGUUGGAUGAGUUAUAUAUGGUCCAAGCAGCCAGGCAACAACUGCAUGUUUCAAAACGAUUUCUCUCCUGAAGUGCUCAUGAGCAAGACACUGCUCAACAUGCAGUGACUCCUGCCUGAGGAGAAGGGGAACUGGAUUUGCAGUCUGCAGCACAUUUAACAAUACAAACUGUACUCAAGUCUGUAUCCGAGUGUGGGAGUUGAGUGGCAAACCACAGUGUGGAUCUGGCCUCGGCUCCCAGGUCCUCAGCUGUAGGCUACAGUGUGAUGUAACAGGAAGUAGUGGGUUGCCUCCCAACGUCAACUUGACAGCCGUUUCUGCUGCGCUCAUUGAGCGGCGGAGGUCUGCUGUGUUUGGUGCUCCGCGCCGAAGCCGACGACUGAGGACACUUUGGGGAUCGCCUUGAGAGUUUUGUUCCAGUUCAAACCACCGCGCCGCUGUUGGACUUUAUCCUCUGAUUUGCAGCUGGGAAACCGUCCACCAGCUCUGACAUGGCCAAACGCAAGAUGGGCAGCAUCGGACGGAGUUGGAUGGUGGCACUCGUACUGCUGUGUAAUGUAGCAAAGUUUUUUGUGAAGGCUAGCCUGGAGGUCAAUGAAACCCAACACCAGCAUCCAACCAAUGUCUACCAUGACAUGGGACUGACCAGGAACAAGAUAGUAACUGCACAGUUUGAGUGCUAUCAAAAGAUAAUGAAGGAUAACACCAACGGCAGACAAGAGGCCAUGUGUAAUCGCACUUGGGAUGGCUGGCUGUGUUGGGACGACACAAAGGCAGGAGUUAUCUCUGAGCAGCACUGCCCGGACUACUUCCAGGAUUUCGAUCCCUCAGAGAUGGUUACCAAGAUUUGUACUGACAGUGGUCAUUGGUUCCUGCAUCCUGAGAGCAACCGGACGUGGACCAACUACACCCGCUGCAAUGAACACACCAAUGAAGGCAGAGUGACUGCAAUGAAUCUUUUCUACUUAGCCCUCAUAGGUCACGGACUGUCAUUGACCUCCCUCUUCAUCUCCCUUGGAAUAUUCUUCCAUUUCAAGAGUUUAAGUUGCCAAAGGAUCACCCUUCACAAAAACCUCUUCUUUUCUUUUGUUCUCAACUCUGUGAUCACCAUCAUUUGGUUGACAGCAGUGGCAAACAACCAGGAGCUGGUGCAGAGGAAUCCAACGAGCUGUAAAGUGUCCCAAUUCAUUCAUCUGUACUUGUUUGGCUGCAAUUACUUCUGGAUGCUGUGUGAGGGAAUAUACCUGCACACUCUCAUCGUGGUGGCUGUGUUUGCUGAGAAGCAGCAUCUAAUGUGGUAUUAUCUCCUAGGCUGGGGCUUUCCUCUCAUUCCAGCCUGCAUACAUGCCAUUGCUCGAAGUUACUACUACAAUGACAACUGUUGGAUUAGCUCCAAUACAUCGCUGCUCUACAUCAUCCACGGCCCCAUCUGCGCUGCUCUUUUGGUCAAUUUGUUCUUUCUAUUGAACAUCGUGCGAGUGCUUAUCACCAAACUGAAGGUGACCCAUCAAGCAGAGUCGAGUCUCUAUAUGAAAGCAGUGAGAGCCACCCUUAUCCUGGUGCCUCUCCUGGGAAUUCAGUACGUCCUGCUUCCCUACAAGCCAGAGGGACGGGUCUCCUCUGAAAUAUACGACUACAUCAUGCACAUACUAAUGCAUUACCAGGGUCUGCUGGUGGCUACUAUCUUCUGCUUCUUCAAUGGCGAAGUCCAAGCGGUUCUGAGGAGGCACUGGAACCAGUAUCAAAUCCAGUUUGGCAGCAGCGUAGGAAACCACUCGGACGCCCUGCGCUCAGCCUCCUACACGGCUUCCUCCAUCACAGAGGUACAGGGCUGCUACAGCAUCGACAGCCACACAGAACACAUGAACGGCAAGGGCUACCACGACGCAGACGCCUCCAUCUUAAAAUCAGACAGCCCCUUCGCCUGACAGCGACACUCCUCUCAAAUACUAUCCAUCCUAUCCCACCCGUAAAAAAAACUGCAGCAUUUUUGGAGCUCUGUGGCAACUAGGAAAAAUUUUCCUCUUCCUAAACACACGAUGUCAGAAGAAAGAGAGAGGAAAAGGUGUGUAUACCCCAGGCUCUCACCUACACCGGAAGGAAAUAGUCACCUCUCUGUCACAGGUCCUUUAACAGUACUGCGAGGUGAGCUCGGUACAGCUGUUCCUGCGCUGUCUUUUGUCUACAAUUUGCAACUGAACUGCUUCACUUGGACUAAGAUGCAUUCUGAUAAUCACAAUAUUGUCACAAUCUUUCUGCUGGACAAAAUUGUUUUUAAACGGAUGAAUAUUAACUGCUUGACUAUCAUACUGAGGUCAUGUCGUUCACAAAAAGCCAUUGGUUACACUGUAAAAUUCUUUCGACAUGGUUAGUGCCAAACCAAGAGAUCCUGCCUGCCUCAUUUAUUUUUUUAUUUUCAUUACAGAAUCAGAACAGAGUCAGGACAUCUAACAGGUGCAUAAUAAUAUAUUAAUGCUAUAUUGUAUCUUUCAAUAUGUUAAACUUAAUUUAUCUGAACAUAUUCUUGUUUAUUAAAUGAAAUUAAAAUAAAUACCACACAGUAUUUAUUUAAGUUGGCGCUACAUUUUCUCAAAAUCUGCCAACUUAAUACCAAUAUGACAUGUUGCCAGCUUCACAUACACUUUAAAAGCAUUUCUUGUUUGUUUCGGUGUUUGUUUCUAUGUUGUAUGCAGAUGAUGGUAUGAGUCAUACUGUUAGCUUGCACGCUUCUUUUUCUAGAAAUUUAAUGUUGCUUAUGCUAAUGUUUGAGCUUGUGUUUACUGUAAGCGAUCCUUUCUGACAUGUGUAUCCUUUAAACCACAUGGUAGGUUGUAAUGUCAACACAAUAUUAUCACCGAGAAGCCAACAUGAAAUCACAUGUACUCCAGUAUCUGCUCAUUAUACUUGAAUGUAACAGUUAAGUUUAAAGACCUGGCUCUGUUGAGCAUAAAUUCAUCACAUUCCCAUUCACUGCUGUCUUUAGCCUUAUUCUUCUCAAAUUACUUUAUGAUUAUAACUGACAUGUAAGCAUGACUGGGUGUUCAGACCGAAAACAGCACUGUGUUGGAAAAAAGAAGUGCAGGGUGGCUGCCUGAGUGAGGGUGUGUUGCUUUAGCUACUGGUGAGAAGAUUUUAUUUCACGUAAUAUUUCCUUGUGUUCGUACAAUCUAUGAAUCAGUUCCUCCAUAGUGCAACUACACUUAUAGAAACGAAGGACAAGACAAUAGUUCUCUUUCUAAAAUUCAGUGUAAGCUGAUAGCAAUUAGCCAGAUCAAGUGUGUAUGCUUACGCUAGCUCGUGGCAUGUGUGUCUGUUGGUUCAGUCUUUGGUUCAGUCGAUGAAAGCCAAGUUCGCCAAAGUCCAAUGGAAACAGAAUGAAUCAUGACAUAUAUAUGAAGCAUGUGACUCGAUGUCCACUGAAGUUUCUCCUGCACAGUGGGGUGAUGAGGAGACUGUAACCUUUCCCAAAUUAAUACAAGAAACAAAAAAAAAAACACAUUUCACAUCAUUUUCGUUCAUUCAUUCAGACUGACGCCCUUUUAAUUACGUCAUCUCGUUGUACGCUCUCCCUCCGCGAUGUUUUACUGGCAGCUGACAAGAAUUAGUGAUACCAAAUACUUUUAUUUUUACGUUCAUCUCAAUGUAUCAACUUCUUAUCUUUGCAGAACAGUAGGGAAUGGAACCACAAAUUAAUUUGUUUUGAUUGAUGAUAUUUUUGGAAGUUGGUUUAAAAUUUCCACAGGUUUUCACAGUGACAAUCAUUUAAGCCUCUCGUCUUGAUGGUUGUGAGGUAAACAGAACAGAACAGAUGAUGUUGUCUUGCAUUGUGGCAUAAGUUGAGUCAGGUUCAACUUUUUUGUCAACGACCGUAUGAGUUUUUUUUAUUGUUGUUUAGUUUUUUUUUUUUAACCAGAGCCUCUGCUUGGGCAACCCCCUGCAACAACGUAGUGACCUCCUUCAACUGAAGGAGAGAGCUGCGAUUUUUUUUCACGUAUUGCUGAUAUCAGUCUGAACGCAGCCUUAUUGAGAAGUGCAUGUGAUGUGAUUAUCAUGUCUCACAAGAAGCUGUGCAAAAAACAUACUGCAAAAACCAUUCUCUGUAAAGCAUUUAACUAAAGCAGGCUGCAUCCAGACCUGUUCAAUAAACAUUGCACCUUUUCACAGUCAUGUUGUCUGUUUCACCCAUUCAAAUCCCCCAAACCUUUAUUGUUUUGUUUUUUUCUUCAUUUCAGAACAUCUUUAACACAUUGUCCAAAAUGCUGGGAACAUGACUCACUAUCAGCUGAUGUAAAUAAUUUUGUAAAUCUAGCAUUUCUGAACGCGUGAGUGUGCGUAUGUGUGUGUGUGCAUGAUUUAUAUAUACAGUAUUUAUGAGUACGUCAUACUCAAAAGCAUUCAACCAUGAAGCGGCCGUCUUAUGUGACAGUGUGUUGGACGUUGAUGAAGAAGCUAUUUGUUCUACUUGUGUUUUUCAAAAAGGGAGGGGUGGGAAACGGGCCGGGCUGACUAACUGAGAGCUUUCAAUGAGCUACUGUAUUUAUCUGUCCGUGUCGUUUGUCAUCAUCUUUGGUAUAUUCUGUCAUCUUCCUAUUUUGCCUGUAUUUGAAAGUGAAGAAAGAAAAGUACCACUACGUUCUGUGUGAGUUACUCAUGCCAUGUUAUCACCACUCAGACAUAAAUAUGUUUCAUGACACAAACGUAGUGCAAGUCUAAUUAUGUGAAGACUCGCAUUCAGCCUUCCAAAGGGUGUGUUUUUUUCUUUUCUAUGUCAAUGGAGAGUAUUGGAAACAAAUAUGUACAUCCCGUUUCACAAUUGUUGUAUAAUCUGUUGGUGGAAAUUUAGAUUUUUUUUUUCAGAUACAUGCUCCAAAAUCACCAUUUUCCAAAAAAAAAAAGAUCUUAGGUUUAUCCUUGGUCAACAGGCUUUAGCUCAGCUGUGAGAACAUAAAGCGCUUGAUUCUACACAGAGCAGGAAACAUUGACACUUGGCUGUCGGUGUUUGAGGUAAAGGGGUUCAAUUCACAGCAGUCAGUUUCAAGCUGCACUAUCACAGUUAGAGUUUGCACUUUCUUACCUCAGAUCUGCAGGACAGUCUCUCAAUUUAAUCAUAAACUGUACCGCCCACAUUCAUGGCUGUCAAGUACUGCUUUGCAGCGAUUGAGUAAUGUGCGACGACUGCAUCGUGAAGUCUUCAUAAAUCAGAGUCAUUUACUGUGGAGUCAUGCAUCACGAUAAUUUAUGAAGCCACAGUCAUUUCAUCACAAUCCGUGGAGAACUUUGGCAAAUGUAGUAACUCCUUUUGUACAUUUAAGUUGUGUAUUUAUGUGUGAAUUAUUUUCAUAUGACUCUCCAAGGGGUUUGUUACACAAUGUUGUUAAAGCAUUGAGGACAAUGUCUGUAGUUUUUGUUUAUACUGUACUGUAUUUAACUUUGGUAGUCUUGACACAUUGACUCCACACUGCUGUCUGAAUGUAACUGGUGGUGCUUUAUUCUCUGGAUGUGAAAAGCAUAUAUAUAUAUCUAUAUAUACUAUAUAGAUAUAUAUAUAUAUAUAUACACACAUAUACAUAUAUAUUUACAUA